AUGGAAAAGGUCAAAAUGAAUCAUUUGCCGUUGGGAUCUGAUCAAACCAUUGAUUUUAAACGUUAUUAUUUUUAUGGCUUCAUCAUUAAUCUUUUGCCAAUUUAUAUAUUUUAUCCAAUAAGAACCGCAAAAACUAUUCAACAGUCAAACAUUGGUACUGAAUUGUCAACAUCUUUAUUUGAAGUUUUUAAAGAAAGAUUAAAAUCAGAAGGAACACGAGGCUUAUUUAAAGGUGUUAGUGUUUAUGCGAUGGGUAGUAUAGGUGGUAGAUUAGUCCACUUUGCAACCUAUGAUGCUUUAAGAGAACGUGUUGGUAAAGGUAAUGCAAAAAAUAUUGGUCUUUCGUGGCUUGAAGGCCAUAGUCAAACAACGAUCAAUGCUUUCUUGGGAACAUUGAGUGCUGUAAUUACCUCUAGCUUUAUGGUACCAUUUGAUGUUAUAUCACAACAACUUCAAAUUUCUAAGGCGUCAUCGUCUGGAAUAGACACUGUAAUUCCCGGUGGAGAGCUACCUUCAUUAAAUAAUAAUAAUAACAACAACUCCAAAAUAUCAAAAAGAACAAUAUCAACUACAUCGUCGAAAAAGUUACCAACAUUCGAAAUCGUAUCAAAUACAACGCCCGCAACAACAUCAUCCAUCAAAACAGCAUUAAUUGAGUCAUCUCAAAAAAAUUUCAUUACACGUUUAAAACCUAAUGAUGUACCACUUUAUCGAUUUUUAUAUCGCGGCUGGACUGCAGGACUACUUAACACUGUUUCAUUUUUCCCCACCUAUUUUUUUGUUUACACUUAUACACUGGAACAACUGAGACUACAACAACAAAACAAUCUAUAUUUAAAAAAUAUUUUACCAACAUCGCAUUUUUUACUUUCUGUAACGUCAGGAGUUGCAGCAGGAACUAUGGCAACUUUUACGUCGGCACCUUUUGACGUUGUCAAAACCAAAAUUCAAAUAGCUAGAAAAUCUGGUCAAGGAGACUUGAAAUGGUUAAAUGUUGCGAAUCAAAUAAUCAAAACUGAAGGAAUGAGAGGAUUGUUUGUUGGUAUGUCGGCUAGGUUAUGGAUUGUUAUACCGUUAGGAAGUUUGAAUUUCUGGGUAUUUGAAAAAGUUAAAGAGUGGAGUACCGUAGAUGUUGCUGUUAAUCCGGAUGAAAAAAGUUGA